AUGGCUUCUCCGAGUUCCUUCACCUACUAUUGCCCUCCAUCUUCCUCACCUGUGUGGUCAGAGCCGCUGUACAGUCUGAGGCCGGAGCACGCGCGGGAGCGGUUGCAGGACGACUCGGUGGAAACAGUCACGUCCAUAGAACAGGCAAAAGUAGAAGAGAAGAUCCAAGACGUCUUCAGUUCUUACAAGUUCAACCACCUUGUACCAAGGCUUAUUUUGCAGAGGGAGAAGCACUUCCAUUACCUGAAAAGAGGCCUUCGACAGCUGACCGACGCCUAUGAGUGUCUGGAUGCCAGCCGCCCAUGGCUCUGCUACUGGAUUCUGCACAGCUUGGAGCUACUAGAUGAACCCAUCCCUCAGAUGGUGGCCACAGACGUGUGUCAGUUCCUGGAGCUGUGUCAAAGUCCAGAAGGUGGCUUUGGAGGGGGCCCUGGCCAGUACCCACACCUUGCACCCACGUAUGCAGCAGUCAAUGCACUAUGCAUCAUUGGCACCGAGGAAGCCUAUGACGUCAUUAACAGAGAGAAGCUUCUUCAGUAUUUGUACUCGUUGAAGCAACCUGAUGGCUCUUUUCUCAUGCACGUUGGAGGUGAGGUGGAUGUGAGAAGUGCAUACUGUGCUGCUUCCGUGGCUUCUCUGACCAACAUCAUCACCCCAGAUCUCUUUGAGGGCACCGCCGAAUGGAUAGCGAGGUGUCAGAAUUGGGAAGGUGGAAUUGGUGGGGUUCCAGGGAUGGAAGCGCACGGUGGCUACACUUUCUGCGGCCUGGCCGCACUGGUCAUCCUCAAAAAGGAACGCUCCUUGAACUUGAAGAGCCUAUUGCAAUGGGUGACAAGCCGGCAGAUGCGGUUCGAAGGUGGAUUUCAGGGCCGCUGCAACAAGCUGGUGGAUGGCUGCUACUCCUUCUGGCAGGCGGGGCUGCUGCCCCUGCUGCACCGCGCACUGCAUGCUCAAGGCGACCCUGCCCUCAGCAUGAGCCACUGGAUGUUUCAUCAGCAGGCCCUGCAGGAGUACAUUCUAAUGUGCUGUCAGUGCCCCGCCGGGGGGCUUCUGGAUAAGCCUGGCAAGUCUCGGGACUUCUACCACACCUGCUACUGCCUGAGCGGCCUGUCCAUAGCCCAGCACUUCGGCAGUGGAGCCAUGUUGCACGAUGUGGUCCUGGGUGUGCCCGAAAAUGCUCUGCAGCCCACUCACCCUGUGUACAAUAUUGGACCAGAUAAGGUGAUCCAGGCCACCAUGCACUUCCUGCAGAAGCCAGUCCCAGGCUUUGAGGAACAUGACAACGAGGCACCAGCAGAGACUGCCACCGACUAG